AUGGCCUUCGCUGCACAAGAUGUGCCUCUGAGGUUUACCCAGAGCAUCAACGACAACUCCUUGAAGGUUGCGCCAGCCAGUCCGGUACCCGUGACCGAUGCCUCGAGAAGCAGGACCUUACCAUGGGCGGAAGAGAGCGGCGAGGAAAGCCCGGCCAGACCCCGCUCAGCGAAAUCCUGGCGGCGUGAAGAGCUGCAGUGCCUGGAGAUGGUCCUGCGAAGGAGCUGCCGCAAGGAGGAUCGCCUUGCGGCAUACCUGCGUCGUGCCCACAACGUCCACGGGAAGAACAAGGAGCGCCUCUUUUGCUUCGAUGGGCCAGACGAGCACAUCCGCAGGGCGCUCCUGUCGCUGGACCCACCUUGGGUGGAGAAUAAGGUGGCAACCUCCACGCUCUGGCAUCUGAAGUGGACUGUCACGGACAACGAGACAGACUACCGCUGCAUCCAAGAAGGCUCCGGAUGCCUUUACAACCACUUCCAAAACAACCGUGAGCUGACGACGAAAGUCCGUCUCACCGGCAACUUGCGAAGGCUCGCCUACGAAGAGCAGGUGGACAUCGACACGUUCUUCCCGCGCUCUUAUGACAUGGGCUCUCCGAGUGAGGUCGAGGACUUUGUCCUUGACUUUCGCCGCUCCGCAGCUCUCAAUGUCCUCCGGCGCCACCUGCGCCUUGCAGAGCAGGCCGCCGAUCGUCAGAGGUUUGAGCCAGAGUUGAUCUUCAACGCGCCCGGCUACCUCUGCGACGUGACGGUGCUGAGGCAUGCGGUGAAGGCGCUUGAGCACUGGCUGGAUGAUCUGGAUGGCUCCUACUUCGAGGACUUUCAGUGCGACGGGGCCCGGAGACAGCUCUACUCAGAGGAAUGGGACGCCCUGGUCCUGUACUCGGAGCUCACAGAGGGUCAGCUCUGUCAGCUGGACGAGGCCGAAGAGCGAUUGGAGAGAAGCCGUGGCUACUCGGCCUCGGGCGCCCUGGCGCCGCGCAAGCCCGGCGAGCGAUACACGCGGCCCAAGGAGCCACAAAAAUGGCCAGAGCUCCGGGGUCACUUGUGGUCGUCCUUCGCGCCCCCCGAGUUGCACGAGGCGGCCAAGAAGGCUGUGGCGUCGCUGGAGGAGAGGUGGCCGCAGGCUUCGACCCAUGGCCCCAUGAACGUCUGGGUCGUGAAACCUGGCACUAGCUCCAAGGGAAGCGGUGUGGUGUGUCAAAACACUCUUCCCGAGCUGCUCCACCUCUGCAAGACCACGACGAAUCGGGUGGUACAAAAGUACGUCGAGAAGCCCCUGCUCCUCUUUAGCGGCCGGAAGUUUGACAUCCGCCAGUGGGUCCUGGUGAGGUCCUUCCAGCCACUCCAGGUGUACAUGUUCUCCUCCUGCUACCUCCGCCUGUGCAAUGAGCCCUACGACCUGGGAGAUCUGGCAAACCGGCAGCGGCACAUCUCCAACUGGUCGGUGAACAAGCACGGCAAGCACGUGGCCACAGGCGCAGUGGCCAGUCUCAGCGAGCUGAACGAUGUUCUGGAGAUGAUGACUGGCAGCCGGCACUACUGGGAAAACGAUCUCCUGCCGCAGCUGAAGGAUGUAUCCUGCACAGCCUUCGGUCCGUGCAAGAUCGUGUCGUGCAGAGGUCCUCUUGCUUCGAAGUCUAUGGCUUUGACUUCCUCCUUGGGGAAGACUUGA